AUGCCCGUCUGGAUUCGGAAAGGCAUCGACCCUGGCACUAUUGUCACACUCGAUCAGCCUGUUCCCUCACAAUGGAAAAUUCUUCAGAAGCUAAGUGAGUAUGACUGGCAACUCCCCGAAGCUGACUAUCGCCGUGGGGAGCGCCUUUCUCUUGCUGCCGCAAAGCUUCUUUGUUGCGAUGUGAACGACUCUCGAAAGCUCGCCUUUAUGCGAAUCUAUCUCCAAGUCCCUUACAGCGGUACUGAGGAGGAUGACGCGGAUUCUAGAGCUACGCAGGCUAUGAAUUAUAUGCCGAGAGAGUUACUCGCCUACCAAGACCUUACUUCUCAAAACCUGGGAUUCACUCCAAGCCUGCUGGGAUACAAAAUAUCAACACAAGAAGAGUCGGGGCGGGUCCCGGGAGGAUUCGCAGUCUGGCUAGUAUGGGAGAAGGUUCCAGGAGUACGCCUCGGAGAAAAAGAUGGAUCUAACGUGUUCUGGGCUUUGUGA